AUGACUAUGUGUAAAGUGCUUUUAUUUGGUUUAAAGCCAUGUGAUAUAAGCAGCUGUACCAAUGAUAAAAUACUUGAAGUAUCACGUCCACGACAACAUUCUUUAAUUUCAACAACACUACCUAAAUUUCAACGAGAGAAUAUGAAAGAAAAUUCAUCAUCAUUAGAUACUGAUUAUCUCAAUUUAGUUAUUAAACCUUUGGUAACAACAAGUAAUUCACAUUCUUCGACAAGUAAUGAUACUGGUCAUGAGUCAAGUCCAAUUCGUUUGAAGAUUCUUGAAACACCACAAGGACGUCAUCGUAUUUGCGUCUCACAAACAUUAUUACGUACGCAUACUGGUGAUACGUAA